AUGACCAGGACUCGUCGCAAAAGUGUGUUCAAGCCAUGCAUCGACCUCCACGACGGUCAAGUCAAACAAAUUGUGGGAGGCACGCUAUCCGAUAUCGAUCCAGAUGCUCUGAGGACAAAUUUUGUCUCAAGUCAAUCUCCAGCUCAUUAUGCACUAUUAUACAAAGAGAACGCGCUAGAAGGUGGUCAUAUCAUACAACUGGGUCCCGGUAAUGACGAGGCGGCAAGGGCUGCGUUAGCUGCUUGGCCAAAUGCCCUGCAAAUUGGAGGCGGAAUAAAUGAUCAGAAUGCUCGAUCGUGGAUCACUGCAGGAGCUAGCAAGGUUAUUGUCACUUCCUAUCUCUUUCCAAAGGGACAAUUCUCUUUAGAGAGGCUCAAAGCAAUUUCCUCUGCCAUAGGAAAAGAAAGGCUUGUUGUUGAUGUGAGCUGCCGACGUCGAGGCGAGCGAUGGUUGGUCGCGAUGAACAAAUGGCAAGACAUCACAGAUAUGGAGGUUUCACAAGGGUCAUUAAGCCUUUUGUCUGAAUACUGCAGCGAAUUCUUAAUACAUGCUGCGGACGUAGAGGGAUUGUGCCAAGGUAUAGACGAGGAAUUGGUUGCCAGUAAGUUUACCUCUGUCCUUGCACGCUAUCCUUCACAAUUUGGGUUUUUAAGAACUUGCCGAGUGGUGUCAAAUUCCCGUCACGUACGCUGGCGGAGCGAGAUGUCAGCCAUAUCGCCUACAUGAGAGGUUUUGCUACUCACCUUCUUAUAGGCAUAUCAGAUUUAGACUUGGUUGACAGACUGUCUGACGGGAAAGUGGAUUUGACUUAUGGAAGGUGAGUUGCACAACUGGCCAUCCCUCGGGUGAUUAUAUUCUUCGCCAGUUCUCUAGACAUUUUCGGAGGGACAUUUGUCAAGUUUUCGGAAUUGGUAGAGAGAAGCCACAGACAGAAUCUCGUAUCGUAAAUUAUUUUGGCGCGUUGGAUGUGUUUACGAAGACAAACCAUGAUUACGUAAUUUACUUCCCAUCUGCGUGGGAACGACUAUGCAGUUGGAAAAUAAGGUUUUGCCC